CUCCAGCUCGUAAGUUGCAGUCGCCUUGUCCUGUUAGCUGUACCAAUAUUAAGUUUAAUGGAAUCGCCCAUCGGCAUGUGAUGCUUCUUACCAUGUCAUUCCUUUUAAACAUGAGUUACAUAGGCUUCUGCUGUGAAAAAAAUAGCAUAACUUGUAUGCUUUCAGCACCACAACGCCAAAGGCGCCGCCGAGUGCCGCCGGCGGGUGCCCGUGAAGCCCUCCCACGCCUAGUGGAACUGCACACCCGGAGCAGUGAGCAGCAGCAGCAAACCAACACGCUGAUUGCGGAGCUCCGGGAUGCGGCCACCCGCCAGGCUGUGGCCCUCGAACAGCUGGCAACCGAGGCCAGGCUCCACAGGGAGGCUGCAGGGAGGCAGGCUACAGCCCUGGAGGCCAUCCUGCAGCAACAGGGCCAGGCUUUGCAGGAACUGCGCAGCGUGGGGGCGCUCUCACGGGCCAUUGCAGCGGCACUGCGGCGGCCUGCACAAUAAUUUAAAAUUUUGCUAUAUUCUUUGAUCUGCAGCAAAGACUGCUGCGGUUUUUUUAAUCUGCAGCAAAGGCUGCUGCAGUUUUUUUAUCUGCAGCAAAGACUGCUGCAGUUUUUUUUUUAUCUGUAGCAAAGGCUGUUGCAGUUUUUUUUUUUAAGUCUGAGUGCAGAUUUCUUGAAAUCUGCAGUGAAAGGUGUUGUGUAUAGUUUUAAACCUGCAGCAAAAGGUGUUGUGUAUAGUUUUAAACCUGCAGCGAAGGUUGUUGUGUAUAGUUUUAAACCUGCAGCAAAAGGUGUUGUGUAUAGUUUUAAACCUGCAGCAAAAGGUGUUGUGUAUAGUUUUAAACCUGCAGCGAAGGUUGUUGUGUAUAGUUUUAAACCUGCAGCAAAAGGUGUUGUGUAUAGUUUUAAACCUGCAGCGAAGGUUGUUGUGUAUAGUUUUCAACCUGCAGCAAAAGGUGUUGUGUAUAGUUUUAAACCUGCAGCGAAGGUUGUUGUGUAUAGUUUUAAACCUGCAGUGAAGGUUGUUGUGUAUAUGUUUAAACAAGCACCAAAGGUUGCCUUUCUGUAUACUUUCAAAAAUAUCGCAUUCCACAUGAGGGCACUUAAGAACUUGGACUGUGCACUAGGUUUUGUGUCGCGACUUCUGAAAUACUUGCGGGAGUUUGUUUUUGUGUAUUGCUUCGACUUAGUUGUGCUAUGUGUAUGUGUCUGUGCAGAGGAGAGGCAGGCGCCUCUUAACGUCUGUACGUAUAUUAGAAAAUGACUUUUUCUUUCCACCUUA